GCAUUGGUACGCGAUAUUACUUUUGCCGUCGAGAAUUCGGAAGCAAUUGCAUGUAGUUCAUCCAGUAAUAUCUGCAAUAUCAUGUUUCAUCUGCGUGGCUCCGACGACGCCAUUGGGCCGAAUGGAUCUGUGCGAAGCGUUGACGUACGCUGGUUUCCAAAUGCGAUGAUCCACGAUCUCAACAAUCUCAGUCUCAAUUACCUGAAAGACCGGGAAAAAAUUCUAGCCAUGGCCCCCAAGUUAGCCGAGGAUCCAAGGAAUUAUGUCGACAAUUAAAUUUAUACGAUUCUUCAGGAUUCUUCAUCCAGCUAGAAUCGAAACUCGCCCAUAUUGUACCAUACACUUUUUCCACGCGUUCAUGGAGUUUCUACGCAUAUAAGACCUAUCAAGACCUAUCGUCUUGUAAAAUGGGUGGAUCACCCGAGUUCAUAGCAACUCACACACAUACGUCCAAUCGAAGUUGAAGUACACCUCUGCAUCGACUGAUCAUGAAUGGUGACAACAAAGUAUAUCCCUUUUUCUUGCAUAUUUCCUCUGUUUAGAUUUAUUUCAUGUCUGGUUUCUAGAUCUUUAUCUUGUUGUUCUUACAUUACUCCUAUAAUCCUCAUCGUCUUAGUUUCAACAGUUUAUAGUGUUUUCAUUAUUCGGAUUUUUCCUCUCCUAUUCGCAAUUAAAAUGGUCUGCAUGAACCAACUUAUCC